AUGCCCUUCCUAGAAUUGCCGGUAAAAGCGAGAAUCCAACCCUCACCAUACCACAAGGCAUCAAUAACAAGAAACUCUUCACGCUUGCACGCAAGACAAAUUUCGAAUUUACAGAGGAAGGACGGCACACGAACAAUCAAAUGUGACGAGUUCUUGCGGCUGCUAAUAUACUCGCAAACACAGGAGGCCAGUCUGUCCGCAUGUGUGCCUAAUAUCAAACGGAUCUACUGCACGAACAAAGACUAUCCCAGGCAGUGUCAGCUUUCUGUAGAGGCAGUGAUUGUUAAGCGAGAGAUGCUGAGAGAAAUCUGUACUCUAGAACGUAGGUCUCUUCGUAAAGCAUCGUUUGGUCUUGAAGGUGUGUAUGAAUCUGACAGCGUUAUGGACUACCAUGGCUUCAACCGCCCUCGUCCGACCCUCAACGUCGAGUCAGAGACCAGCAUUGACAAGGCUUCCUCUUGA